GCGGAGGUGACGUCACACAGCUGCUAAUGGCGGCGCUGGUGGUCUGUGGAUAGUCUCAUAUCAUUCACAAGUGGCGUAAAGGCUGUUACUAGCCGUAAUUAACUUUCAAAAUGGUGGUGCUCACGUUGAAGAACUUGCAACAGCAAACCUUCACAGUGGAAAUUGAGUUGUCGGCCACGGUAAAAGCUCUGAAAGAGAAGGUUGAAAAAGAGAAAGGUGGUGACUACCCAGCUGUAGGACAAAAACUUAUAUAUGCAGGGAAAAUUUUACAAGAUGAUACGACGUUAGAAUCCUAUAAUAUUGAUGACAAGAAGUUUUUAGUCAUCAUGGUUACAAAACCCAAACCUGUGCCGCCUCCCUCCACUCCUUCUGAUCCUACAGCCCCUGCCGAGUCAGAGGAAGCUUCCGCCUCAGCAACUGCAACCACACCAGCCACCACCAACACAUCACAGAGCACUAGUAAUCCACCUUCAGAGGCUGCUGCUGCUGGUGCUCCAACUGUUACUAGUAUAACGACGAGUAGUACAUCAACACCUUCAACACAGUCCGCACCAAGCUCACAGGCUGCCUCAGCGGGAAGUGUUGGAAGCGCAGAGUCUUUAUUAGUUAUGGGUGAAGAAUUUAACCGUAUGGUAGAAAACAUAAUGGAAAUGGGCUACGAGAGGUCUUUGGUGGAACGAGCACUGCGAGCUAGUUUUAACAAUCCUUACACAGCUGUCCAAUAUUUAGUUGAUGGCAUCCCUGCCAAUUUAGAAGAGCCAUCAGGAAACCCUCCUGCUGGUGGAGAUGGAGAGGAACAAGUUGCUGCAGAAGGGGAGCCUGAUCCUGAAGAGGACCCCCUCAGUUUCUUGCGGUCGCAGCCUCAGUUUGAACAGAUGCGACAGAUGAUUAGGUCAAAUCCUUCACUAUUGGAUGCGUUUCUUCAACAAAUAGGGCAAACUAAUCCCCAGUUACUACAAGUUAUACAACAAAAUCAAGAGGCCUUUGUUCGAAUGCUUAAUGAAGGUGGCAGCUUAGGAGGAAGUGGUGGAGGUAAUGGUGGCAACCAAGGCAGUGGUGGUACUGGUGGUGGUGGUACUGGUGGCACUGGUGGCAGAUCAGCAUCAGGCCAAAGUGCAAUUUUGGUUUCACCUCAGGAUAGAGAUGCUAUAGAAAGGUUGAAGGCCUUGGGGAACUUCCCAGAAGAUGUGGUCAUUCAGGCAUAUUUUGCUUGCGAGAAAAAUGAGAACCUUGCGGCAGAGUUUCUCUUCAGUCAGACAUGGGAUUAGGUUAAGUUCAGUUUUAUAGGAAAGUUGAUUUUUUUUAAUUUAAAAAUUUUGAAAACUUUCUUUUGUUAUUUAACUGCACAGCUGAGCUAUGGGUGGUAUUCCAGUGGCUUGUGUUAUUUCCAAAUUUUGAUGGAAAAUAAAGAUGUGCAUCUUUGCAACGUUUAAGUUGAUACUUGUUAGGUGACUUCGUGUCCAGUGAAGGCUUUUGUCCUCCACUUACUCUGUUAUGUGGUUGUCUGCUUCAAACACCCAUAAUUUGUACAUACUAUGUGAUAGAGCUAUCAAAGUGGAUGUGGUGAGUUGUUUAUUGCUCCUGAGGGGCAAAGAGUCGUGCCUUAGAAAAAAUGUGUUCUCUGGUGUAUAAUUAUGACAUCACGGCUGUUCCGUACAGCGGGCAAGGGUUUGUUAUAUACCCUCGUUUGUUGCGCCUGAGCUGUCGCAGAGGAUUUGUUCGGGAGAGCAGAUUUUUUCCAUGUUGCGACAUACUACCUAAAAGCUUGUCCUAAACGAAUAAACAAAACAAAAUGAUAUAGAAUAUAAAGAAGUGCAGUGGUCAGAAAGUGAAAACAUAUUUAUCUAGCUUUUUCUUGUCCAAUGUUUUUUCUCCAGUGUAAGGUGAAUUAUCAUAGGAGCUUGUUCAGUCCUUUACAGAUUUGAAAAAUAAUGGUCCACUCCAUUCUUUGGUGAAUUCAAGAUUGUUACUCAUGAAAAUGAUGUAUUUUUCAUUGCUAUUAAAUUUAAAUUUCUACCUUAUGUUACAUCAAUAGUGGAAAGAAUUGAAAAUUUCAGUACAAUUUGUAGGCUUCAAGGAAAUAGCCUGAACUGUCACUUUUGCUGAUCAUUUAAAAAGUUUUGCCAUCUGUCAUAAAUGCCAAACUAGACUAUUACUUGAAUACAUGGUGUAUGAAAAAGCAAUUUUUAUCAAGCUUCAGAGAAAAAUGAUGUUGCUCAAUUUCAUAAUGGUCUUUUAUUCUUUGAUUCUUUGUAUAAAGCUUACUAUUCAGUCGUGACUCCACCUGAUUGGAUAUAGGGUUAUAAUUAUGCAACUGCUGAGUUGUUACGAUAAUUCAUGACCUGUAGAUUUGAAAGUUCCUUUUAAAUUGCUUGAUUUUUUUAUUUCACUUAUAUCCAAUUUGAAAGUUUUGCAAACAUUAGCAGCACCCAUUAAAAUUUAAAUAUAUUUUAAAUCAUAUUUUGAUGAAUUCUUAGCUUUUGUGAAAAAUAGUUUGUUUGUGUCCCUUUUUCUUGAUAAUGGAAUGUUGCUUGAGGGAAAAAAGCAGUGUGUAUAACAUUGCUCUUUAGAAGAGCUAAUUUGAAGCAUCAAUUGGCCAUGCCAUAUGGGCAUGAUAUUUCAUAAAGAGAGGGAGAACAAGAGGGCUAGUAAUCUCCUUUUCUUAUGUGUAAGGCCUCGUCUGGGAUUUUACAAAGUGCUGGGGUUGUUUUUGAAGAGGUAGUUUUAUUUUAUAUUCUAUUUUUCUUUUAAAGACUGAGGUUGCAUAUCACAGUAAGGGGCAAGGAAAAGAUACUACACAAUUAACAGAUUUUGGCCUUAAAUUUUAAACACUUUCAACUCCAGUGUGGAGUGCGAUGGUGUGGCACUUUAGCUAUUCAUUAUCUUGGCUGUACUCACCUUCUGUAGAUGGUGUUGCUGUCUGCCCAAGUUAUUUAAAUUGUAACACCCAGAUAGAGUAAUUUGCCACCCGUGCUCUCCCUAGGCCUUACUUUAAUAGGGAAGCAUUUUGUAAAAAAAAAUAAAAAAAAAUUAUUGUUAAUAUUUCUGUGAGAAGAAUUACAACCAGCAGGUUACUU